CUCCGCGAACUCGCCGAACAGAAGGCCAUCGCGCUCCGACACCAAACGGACCACCUCACCCAGUCUCUCUCCGCUACCUUCUCCCAACUCGGAGGCCGUAUCAACAAAGUGACCGGAUACGACGAGAUCGAUGCUCUGAAGAAAGGCGUGGUCGAACAAGAGGCUCGAAUUACGGCCGCGCGCACUGCGGCACGGGAGGCUAAGCUCUCAUACGAAGCCGCCGUCGAACAGCGUUCAAGUUCACAACGCGAGGUCAACGACCUGCUCCAACGGAAGUCCUCCUGGAAGACACCCGAACUGACACGGUUCAUGGAGCUCAUACAAGAAGAACACAUCCGGGAACAAGAGGAAGCGCGGUCCAAGAAUGCCGUGCGGCAGACGGAAGAGGAGGUCGAGAAGGAGUUCAACGACUUAUUGCGCCUCAUUCUCGCGCGGUAUCACGAAGAGCAGGUCUGGUCGGACAAAAUCCGGAGCGUAUCGACAUAUGGGUCUAUGGCGGUCCUGGGCGUCAACGUGUUCGUGUUCUUGCUGGCGAUCAUAUUGGUGGAGCCGUGGAAGAGGAAGAGGUUGGCGCAGACGUUCGAGAAGAAGGUGGAGGAGCUCGCGGUUGUUAAUUCGCAGGCGGUAGAGAACGGGAUAGGAGCGUUGAGGGAGAGGUUGGAUGUGCAGGAGCAGAUGCUUUCACAGUUAGUGGCGGCCGCUACGAUGCUGCAGUCAGAACGGGAGAGC